AGUACGAUAAUCUGGCAAAGGUGCGGGACAGUCCGGGCAGCAAGACGGCCCGCCCCGCGCCCCGCCGCAGCUGCCGGGCCAAAAUAACCUGGAACGCCCGUGUGUCCCCGUGUCCCGCACCCUGCCUGCCUCUGUGUCCCUCCUACCUUGAUCAUGGCCUCCCAAGACGUCCUCAGCCUCUCCCUGGAUGACAUAAUCAAGAUGAAGAGCCGCAAACAAGGUACAAACAAGAGGAAGGGUCAAGGCAGAGGGUCAGCAGGCAGACAGGAACCAAACUUUGUAGGAAGUGGCCAGCCAGGGAGGGGCAAGGGCCGGGGUCGAGGCAGAGCCAGAGGUCCUCGACUUUUGGCCACAAAGUUUACAGCACAGCGUGCCAACAGUUGGGUAGCAAGGAGGGGCAUAGCAGCAGUCCAAGGCAGAGGAAGUAGGGGAAACACAGCUGGCUUGAGGCAAGGCAGACUUCGAGGUGGCAUCCAGAGUGGCAGGAGUAAAGGCAUACGUGGCGGAAGAGGUGGAAGAGGACUUUCCCAGGACAGAGGAAGAGAGAUUCAAACUGGGAGAGGAAGAGGUUCUUCAAGAGGACGAGCAAGUGUCUCUCUUCUAAGAAGAGGUCAAGGUGGUAUCAGCCAAAGAGGUUCUUUUAGUCAGCAGCAGCUUGCUUACCAGGAUAACCAGCAGCACAUCACAGCCCAGGAUUCUUCAUUCAGACAAAAGCUGGUAAAAAGAAAGAUUCAACAGGCUCGCAAGACACUUGUUAUGUCCCAGCAGAACAACAGAGCUAAAGCAAGGCUCAGUAUUGUUAAUUCACGACGGGGAAUACAGCAGGAGGGAGUUAAGCCAGUGCGCGGGGCCGGAUCAGUGGUGUCCCUCUCCUCACAGCACGGACUCACUGUCAGCAUCAAAAACAACAUUGCAUCAAAUCAGACUCAGCAUCCUGGAUCUGCAAUGAGAAUGAAGCCAAGACUAAACAGAGGCAGAAUAAGGCAGCCUUCUGUAUCAAGUUAUACGCCAGCUAUGUUUACAGUUGUUAAUGAGCAAGCAGUGCCUCCUGAGCCACCAGUUCGACCCCCACCUAUGUCUAGAAAAAUACUUAAGCGUAAUAUGCCAAGUAGAGACCCAAGAGCUGAAAUGUCCUCUUCUGUAGCAGCUUACCCUCAACAAAAUAUGCGUCCUGUGCCCGAGCCACAUCGUCAAAUAUUGGAUCCCAAGGUGCAGAAAGAGAUAGCCAUGUUGCAGGGCAAGGAAGUGUCUCUGAACAAUGGACCAGGACCAGGAGUGAAAGGCUUCAGACAUAUCCCCAGCCACACUGCACGCUCCCUCAAUGAACGUUUCACUGAAGAGCGGAUGAUAACUACUUAGGACAUCCAGUUGACUCGUCGAUUCUGUAAAUUAAUACAGUUUGUAUCAGAUUUUUGUAGCCGUAUUUUAAGUGCUGAAUAACACUUGUAAACUUACACCUGGGAUUUCAUGCUUUCAAAGUAGGAAGGAUAAAAUUUAAUCAUUAUUUAUUUAAUUUUUAAGGAAAACAUCUGAAUAUUGAAAGAGCAAAGUUUAUAUUUGUGAAAUCAGGGUAAUAAGUAUUGUGUUGUGUGGUCUGUGUAUGAUGUGAAGCAUAUAAAUUAAGCUGAGACACUAUAAUAUAUUAAAAUAAGGGGAGGGCAUAUGCUGAAAGUAGAAUAUGGCUGAAAUGUUAUGUAAUAGAAUGUUAAGGGUUUGCUGGUGAGAAAAUAGUAUUAUUCUAGCUCAGAAUGAACGAUUUUAGUUAGUUUAUUAUAAGGAGAAGUAAAAUCAUGCAGGGUAUUUUAUCACUCAUUUUACAGCCAUUUUAAGGCCCAGUAAAAUAGAUCAUUGCUCAUUGCUGAGGGUAGCCUACAGACCUGCACUAUAGCCAACCAGCUGUCCAAUGUUACUCAGUGCCUGUCUCACUUUGCUCAUCACUGUACAAUAUUGGUUAAAUAUAUUUUAUUGUUGA